GCCCAUGUCACGUGACAAUGACGUCACUGACAACUUCACUCCAGCCGUCGAAGCUGUCGUAGGGGACCCAAACACCAUUCCAAACGGCAUCUUAGAGCCGGAGGGCGGGGAGCAAGACUUCGCCACCCUGACAGUCGACGACUGGCGGAGGUUACAGCAGCAAGACCCUCACAUAGCCGCUGUCUGCCAAGCGCUCACAGAAGGAACUGACCUGACAGUGACGGGGCCAGAGACCAGGAUAUACGCCAGGGAGAGGAAGAGCCUGAUGCUAGAACAUGGUGUGCUCUACCGGCGUGUGUCUGACACCACAUCAACCCGCGUGCAGAUGGUGGUACCCCGCUCCAUGCGACAGGAGGCGAUGAGAGGUGUGCACGACGAGCUCUACCACACCCACUUUGACGAUGCCAUACGACACGCACGAAUGCGUUUUUUCUGGCCGUUCAUGGCGGCUGAUCUCAAGCGGAAAAUCCAGAGCUGCCAAUGGUGCGUUCGCAGUGGGACGCAUGCGCAGAAAGCGCCGAUGUCAACCAUCGUGACAUCACACCCACUGAAGCUGCUGACCACCCUUGCGGAAACCCUGUGGAAAGGUGGAACCGAAUACUGAUCGGUAUGCUGCGAACUUUAGAGACUGAACAGAAGAAAGACUGAAGGAAACACCUGAAGUCUGUGGUGCACGCCUACAACUCGUGCAUACACAGCAGCACGGGAUUCUCACCCUCCUACCUCUUCUACGGACGGCACCCAAGACUGCCAGUCGACCUGGCAUUUGGCCUGGACAUAGGGAAGCGAAAAGGGAAGAGUUGCAGGCAGGAUGUGCAGGACCUGACAGAAAGCAUCAGUAGUGCAUACAGAAUGGCCACAGAGCAAAUGGAAAAGGCCUCUCUUAAGAACAAGAUAAGGUACGAUGCAGGAGCUUUGGCAGCAACUUUAGAAGUGGGAGACAGAGUUCUGGUGAAAACCAUGGGACCACGAAUUACAUCCAAAGUAGAUGAUCGCUGGGAGGAAGGAGUUUUUGUCGUACUGGACAUAUUGAACGAUAUACCGGUGUAUGUGGUCCAACGAGAGGACGGCUCUGGACCAAAAUGAACACUCCAUCGGAAUCUGUUACUCCCAGUGGGUGCACUAGGCUGGGCACCACCCUUGGCCCAGGAAAGAACCACCAGAAACAACCCCAGUCAGCGCGCAGACGAGGUAGCAGCCACACCCCCGACUGUGGAAAUGGUGAGGACGACGAACCGGUGCAAUUUCCAGACAUCAAAGUGGGCCUAGAGUUGAGGCCAGAGGCACCAGAGUUUGUUCCAGCCGCGGUACUUGCAGAAAACCGGGAGGAGGGAGUAGAGCAGGAAGAUGAAUGAGAGGAGACAACAGAGAGCGACAGUCUUCUUCUUCUUCUUCGUCGUUCACUCAAAUAGACACGCCUGC